AUGGCUCCGUCCGAGAACCCCGGCUACGAUGCGAAUAACCCGCCCGGCAGCCAUUCGAUACCCCUCCAAGACCUCUCGAGGCCCCCGGACACGGUGAUUGCAGAUGGCGCCGGGCGCCGGGCGAGAAGGGCCACUAUUGAAGAUGACGUUCCUGGGAGACAGAGAUCGGUGAGGGGGAUCCGUUCUAUGGGUAGAACCCUCUCGAGACGAUAUGAGCGGAUAGCGGAAGACUCGCCAACCGGGGGGGAUAGGAGAGGAGAAUUUGAUGACUUUGAGUCUGUCAAUUUGUCGCAAGAUACUAGGCGAACGUCCUUCGAUCAUGCAUCCUUCCACCAGAGUACUGUUGGGUUGAGCUUCGGGCCCCAGCCAUCCAGACGUUCAGACUCUUCGACACCGUACGAGAGCCAGCCGAGACCAAGUGACGACAACAACAACUAUUUCGGUGCCUCUGAGGAUUCAACAGUCCAAGAUACAGCAGCCGAUCAUAGCGGCUACCUAUCAGCAUCGUAUGAUAGAGAGAAUGAUGCCCUGCCGCUCGCGGAUCCACGUUACCUACAACCAAUUAGCGGUGCAACCGCUCCAGAAGCUACAGGACAGGUAAAUCGAAACUCCGAUGGAGGUCGUAGCGUUCGUUUUGCAGGGAGCGUUACGGGCAGCGGGUCUCAUCUGGGAGACGAUUUGGAAGAUGGCCUGCGAACGGGUCGAAGCAGUGUACGGAAUUCCCACAGAUCUGCCACAGGACGACUGUCAGCUUCACCUUCUCCUUCGUCGGCCCUAUCGAGAGCAAGCUCCAUGAUGCGCAUGGUAUCUCAGCGUGUUGUCAACCUGAGUAAUGAACCGGAGGUUAUCGAGAGUGUUAUGCGACAGAAAUCAGUUCUUAAACAUGCCCGCAUGGAUGCACCACCUUCGUUACCUGCCAUGAUGGAAUAUGCACACGACGUUGCAUCCUCAGAUACCUUAAACGAGACAGGACCCGAAAAACAGCCUUCGAGAGUGAGACGGAAACAUAUGCAUCCGACCUUGAGUCCGUUAAGGGGUAAAUCGUUGGGCAUAUUCUCACCUGACAACCGAAUUAGAAAAUGGCUGUGUGAAGUACUCGUCCAUCCCGUCACAGAACCCAUAAUCCUUCUCCUUAUCGUUGUUCAGACGAUCCUCCUAGCCAUCGAAUCUUCUGUCCACUCAGGCCGAAGACAAGGCUGGAGCUCUCCGGGUGUUGAUAUCUCCUUUCUAGUUAUCUUCAUAAUAUAUACCCUGGAAUUGAUUGCUAGGACCAUAGUCUCAGGGUUCAUAAUCAACCCUGAGGAAUAUAGCACUCUGGACCGGUCAGCUGGACUGCGAAACGCUGUGAUGACGAAAACAAGAGAACUCUUCUCCCUGCAAAGGCAGCCAUCUACAAAGAAGCCUGCAGACCUACAGCAAAUGUCCAUUAUCAGAUCCUUUACAACAAUGCAGCAACAAGCGGAUGAAAUUGGAGAUAGCCGACAACAACAGCGCAUUCGACUUGCUCGCCGUGCUUUCCUUCGACAUUCCUUCAAUAGGCUAGACUUUCUCGCAGUCGUAUCAUACUGGAUUGCGUUUUCGUUGUCUGUCCUAUCCAUCGACUCCACCCACCAUAUCUUCAUUUUCAAAAUGCUGAGCAGCCUUCGCAUUCUCCGCCUCCUUGCAUUGACAAGUGGCACAACUGUUAUUCUUCGAAGUUUAAAGAAAGCAGCACCCCUUCUAGUAAACGUCGCCGUUUUUAUAGGCUUUUUCUGGCUCCUUUUUGCCAUCAUCGGAGUCCAGAGCUUUAAAUCUAGUCUCCGAAGAACCUGUGUCUGGAUAGACCCAAUGGGUAUAAGCAAUUACACCUUAAACCAAGCCCCAGACUCAGUCCAAUUUUGUGGAGGGCACCUGGUCAAUAAAACAGGCGUAGCCCAUCCUUGGAUACACGCAGAUGGGACAAACGGGACAACGAACCCUAAAGGCCACUUAUGCCCUCAAGGCUCUCUCUGUAUUGAGGGUACCAAUCCAUACGCAGGCACCGUCAGCUUCGACGAUGUACUCCACUCGCUCGAGCUUGUUUUCGUUUUGAUGAGUUCGAACACAUUUUCUGAUCUGUUAUACUAUACUACCGACAGCGACUAUCUUGCCGCUUCCCUCUUUUUCAUCGCCGGCUUCAUUUUCCUCAGUUUAUGGCUUGUCAACUUGUUAGUUGCUGUCAUAACAUCAUCCUUUCAAGUUAUUCGAGAGGAAAGUAAGCGAAGCGCGUUUACCACAGACAGGAUCGAUGAUAUUGGACCGGAGGACACGUCGUUUCGUCGAGUCAGCAAAUUAAAACGAUUAUUCAACAGGACAAAUUACCUAUGGAUUGGUAUCAUAACGAUUGGCCUAAUUGUCCAAUGCCUGAGAAGCUCGUCUAUGAGCCAGAGUCGAAAGGAGCUCAUCGACAACACGGAAUCCACCGUCACUGCGGUCCUUUUUAUUGAAAUCUGUUUCCGUAUCGGAGUGGAUUGGAGAAACUUUUUCAAAUCCAAACAGAACUGGGUCGAUCUUAUCCUUGCCGUGACCACAAUGGUCAUGCAAAUCCCUCCCAUCCGGGCUUCUGGGGAUGUCUACGCAGGAUUGUCCAUUUUCCAAGUACUUAGGGUAUAUCGGAUCGUACUUGCGUUUUCGUUGACAAGAACCCUUAUCAUGACUGUCUUUAGCAACAUCGUUGGACUCCUUAACCUCAUUAUCUUCGUGUUCUUGAUCACCUUUCUAACCUCCAUUUUCGCCGUUCAAUUGUUUCGCGACCAAAUACCCUUCAAGACCCCGGCUGGUGAAACUACUCGGACAACUUUUUAUAAUAUAUAUAACUCGUUCUUGGGGAUGUAUCAGGUCCUCUCCAGCGAAAAUUGGACUACUAUUCUAUAUUCGGCAACAAGCGCAAAUAAUUCCCGGGGCACUGCCUGGAUUUCGGCAGCCUUUUUUGUCAUGUGGUUUGUGCUUGCUAACUUCGUUGUCCUAAAUAUGUUUAUUGCUGUCAUCCAAGAGAGUUUUGAUAUUUCCGAGGACGAGAAACGACUCUACCAGGUUAGAGCAUUCUUGCAGCAAAAGCAAUUGAGCGAAUCAUCCCAUGGGAACCUCGCGUUAUCCAGCAUUUUCAAACUUGGUCGUGACCGUGAAAGAUAUAGAGACCCACUUGAUCAUGGCCCUGCGGCACUUGAGAUGCUACUAAAAGAGGCGGUUGUCCAGGACUUUUUAGAUGAAACUUCACCGCUAAGGCCUAUGGAAAGCCAGCCACCAGAGAACCCUCCAGAGCAACAGACAACCCAGCCAGGAUUUUUUGCGAGGCUUUACUCCAAAUUAACACAGCGCGUCUUGAACAGGGAGCUGAACCCCUUUUACUCAAAGCUUAAAUUCUCAAGGGAUCAUGAUGAGCUGGAUCCCGCAGCCAUGGCGAAAGAGGUUCUUUCUGCCGCUGAGCAAAGGAAGCGUGCCCAACGACAAUAUCUCCAAAGAUAUCCCAGAUACAAUGUUUCCCUUUACCUCUUCACACCCUCUAACCCCAUCCGCCAUUUUUGCCAACGUAUGGUAGGACCAGGCCGCGGGAAGUCACGUAUCGAAGGAGUGGACCCCUAUAAGCCCGUGUGGUAUCUCUUUUCUGCAUUUAUUUACGCAGCCAUCGUUACAAUGGUCCUGAUUGCUUGUAUCUGCACACCCUUGUACCAGCGGACCUACUUCGAGACCCAUGAGCCUGGCAUCCACAAUUGGUUUGUAUGGACAGAUCUAUGGUUUGCGAUACUUUUCAGCGUCGAGGCUGUUAUCAAGGUCAUCGCAGACGGCUUCUUUUGGACCCCGAAUGCCUACUUCCGUGGAUCAUGGGGAUUUAUCGAUGGCAUCGUGCUCAUUACCCUCUGGGUAAAUGUUGUGGCCGCUUUAUACAAGACAGGUGAUGUUUCCAGAGUUGUGGGCGCGUUCAGGGCACUCAGAGCUUUAAGGCUCUUAAACGUCAGUGAUAGCGCAAGAGAAACCUUCCACGCAGUCAUAGUAAUGGGAGGAUGGAAAGUCAUAUCGGCCGCCUUUGUCUCGAUGAGUUUCCUUAUUCCAUUUGCCAUUUACGGUCUGAAUAUCUUCAAUGGCCAAAUGAAGAGAUGUAAUGACGGUGAUUUCGGAUACGAUGAUCUCUCUCACUGCGUUGGCGAAUAUAAAAGCUCCCCGUUCCAAUGGGAGGUGCUUGCGCCUCGAGCAGUACAUAACCCUUUUUACAGCUUCGAUAACUUUGGAAGUUCUCUCUUCAUUCUCUUCCAAAUUGUGUCCCAGGAAGGGUGGACUGAUGUCUUAUGGAGUGCCAUGAGUAUUACCGGAAUUGGCAAGCAACCUCGACCCUUCUCGUCACAAGCAAAUGCCCUUUUUUUCGUGGUAUUCAACCUUCUUGGAGCCGUCUUUGUCCUUACGCUGUUUGUUUCAGUUUUUAUGCGAAACUAUACGGAACAAACAGGUGUGGCCUUCUUAACGGCUGAACAACGAUCAUGGCUAGAAUUGCGAAAGCUCCUGAAACAAAUAUCUCCUUCUAAGCGAUCUCUCAAUAAGGACAACAAUAAACUCAAGGCUUAUUGCUACCGAAUCGCGGUCAAGAAGCAUGGCAAGUGGGCAAGAUUUAUCACUGCAUUACUGCUAAUCCAUCUCAUUCUCCUGGUUCUGGAAUUCUAUCCAGAGGUUUCAUGGUGGGAGAGGACACGAGACGCACUGUUCCUCUUCCUAACUCUCUUUUACAUCGCGAAUGUUAUUAUCCGUCUGGUUGGCCUAACCUGGGCUCGAUUCCGACGCAGCUCAUGGGAUUUAUACUCGGUUGUAUCAGUGUCGGGAACCUUUAUCACGACUCUCCUCGCUCUAAUCAACGAUAAAAACACGGUUUUUGCACAGCUUCACAAGCUCUUCCUGGUUUCUAUCGCGUUGCUUAUAAUACCCCGGAACAAUCAACUCGACCAGCUCUUUAAAACUGCCGCAGCAAGUUUAACGUCAAUCGGCAAUCUAUUAGCCACAUGGUUUAUUCUUUUCCUUGUUUACGCCAUCGCAUUAAACCAGAUUUUCGGCUUGACUAAAUUUGGGGGCACCCAGACGGGGAAUAUCAAUUUCAGAAGUGUUCCGAAGGCGCUCAUCCUCCUAUUCCGUAUGAGCUGUGGUGAGGGUUGGAACCAGGUUAUGGAGGACUUCGCAACUAUGGAGCCUCCUUACUGUACAAUGGGAGGAGACUUCUAUAAAAGCGAUUGUGGCAGUGCUGCAUGGGCACGAACCUUGCUUAUUUCGUGGAACAUUCUCAGCAUGUAUAUUUUUGUCUCACUUUUCGUCUCGCUGAUAUUCGAGAGUUUUUCCUAUGUUUAUCAGCGAAGCAGUGGUCUCUACGCGAUUAGCAGAGAUGAAAUCCGCCGUUUCAAGCAGGCUUGGUCAACGUUUGACCCCGAUGGCACGGGAUUCAUCUCUAAGGAGGUAUUCCCGAGGCUUUUAGGAGAACUAUCUGGCGUGUUUGAGAUGCGGAUCUACGAGGGUGAUUUCACCGUUGGCCGUAUUUUGGAAGACUGUCGCGUCAACGUUCGGGAAUCCGAGAUAUCGCAUUCUCGGUCUGUCGGUGAACUGGACCUGAAAAAGCUUAUGCUUCGCCUCUCUAAUCUGCCAAUUGCCGAGACUCGUAAAAGGCGCGCGCGUCUUAAUGCAUUUUAUGAGGAGGUUCUCGUCUCUUCUGACCCUGAACGAGGAAUAUCUUUCACCUCAUGCCUUAUGAUACUUGCUCAUUAUAAUGUCAUUACUGAUAGCAAGAGCUUGAGGUUGGAGGAGUUCCUUCGACGACGUGCUCGCUUACAGAGGGUCGAGGAAGCUGUUCGUCGUAACGUCGUGGUCGGCUUUUUCAAUACAUUAUACUGGUCCCGGCGUUUCCGACAACGUAUCCAGUCUCGCCAUGACUCGCGCCUGGUCUCUGUACCACAAUUCUCCGUCCCCGAAAUAUAUGUUGAGGAUGAGGACGGGCCUCUAGACGAGGACCAGCCAGAACGAACAUCAGAUGACCGGUCGACUAGGACUUCAGGCUCCCAAGACGGGUCUUCAAGUACACGCCCUCGCGUUGUCUUGCCUAGGAUCGAAACGAACAUGUAUGGAGAUGAUGCACACCGACUUCCAUCGCCUACACACUCUGAUUGGGGAAAUUUCAACCCAUCUCUCUCCCCGCAUCUGAGUGAAGGUCCUACAACCGUUCCGUAUGAUACUAUCAUCCCCCACGAAAAUACAGGCCGGGAACAUGGCCAUCAGCGUGGCGACAGCUCUGUCAGCGUACAGAAUGUUUUGGAUUCGUUCGAUCAUUCCGUGUGGGGCGAGAGUAUCAGACGAAGCUUUACCCGCCGCCGAUCCCAUAGCUCCGCAGGUAACGAGUAG